AUGUCCCAAAUCAAAGAUGAGUUCGACAUUAUUUUCGUUGGUGGGGGAACCACUGCCUGUGUCGCCGCUGGUCGUCUCGCAAAGUCAAACCCAGAGCUCGACAUUCUUCUAAUCGAGCAAGGACCAAAUAACUACCAGGACCCGCAAGUAGUUGCUCCUGCGUUGUUUUUGUCCCACCAGAUUCCCGGCAGCAAAACCUCGCAAGUAGUCCAUUCGUUUUGGAAAGGUAACAAGACCGCCGCCCUGAAUGGACGCAGCCCAAUUGUACCAACCGGUCGAAUUCUGGGUGGUGGAUCCAGUAUCAACUUCUUAAUGUACACUCGACCGUCAGCAUCUGACUUCGAUGACUGGAAAACUGAGGGCUGGGCAACCAAGGAUUUACUCCCUCUGCUACGUAAGAUGGAAACCUACCAUGUGGCCCCUAAUUGUCCGUCUCACGGAUACGAUGGCCCGUUAAAUGUUUCGUAUGCCAAUAAACCCAAGAUUUCAGCCAUAGGUCAAGCAUACCUCGAAGUGGCGCAGAAAAGGGGUGUUCCGCUGGCCAAAGAUAAGCAAGACCUAAAUACUGGACACGGUUGCCAGACCGACCAGCGCUGGGCAAAAUGGAUUGAUCCAGCGACUGGGUUUCGACAAGAUGCUGCUCACCGAUACAUUCACCCUCUAUCCAGUAACAAGCAUCUGCAUAUCAUGACCGCAACCAAGGUUAUUCGUGUCGUUUUCAACGGGACUGCGGCUACUGGGGUUGAAGUCGUGGCGGACAAAGACACCGAAGAAGGGGCUGACCAGACCCCCCGUAUUAUCAAGGCUCGUAAGCUUGUUGUUGUCUCGGCUGGAGCAGUCGGCUCCCCAAUUGUUCUCCAGCGUAGUGGAGUUGGCGAAGCUGAGAGGCUCACAAAAUUCGGGAUUGAGAUUGUCUCUGAUCUCCCAGUUGGCUCGACAUACGAGGACCAUAACCUUGUUCUUACCCCUUACCACGUCGCAGACGAUACGGAGACCAUCGAUCCAAUCAUGAACAAAGACCCUGCCUUUUUGGAACAAGCACGGGCGGAUUUCACUCAUGGUAAGGGUGCACUUGCUACCAACUGGAUUGAUUGUGGCAGCAAGUUGCGACCUACACCCAAAGAAUUGGAGGACAUUGGCCCAGCGUUUGCGCCAGUAUGGAAAAGCUACUUUGAGCCUAAUCCUGACAAGCCGGUUAUGCUCCAGACAGUCAUCGAGGGCUGGCUAGGACCACGGGAAAUGCUUCCUUAUAGGGAUGCUCGUAUGAUAUUGGUAGCUAAUUAUACGGGAUACCCGAUAUCCCGAGGACAUGUGUAUAUUACGUCGACAGAUCCAUAUGCCAACCCCGACUUUGAGACUGGAUUCUUUGAUGAACAAGCUGACGUGGACGUUCAAAUUUGGGCCUAUAAACAAGCUCGCGAGAUCGUCCGUCGCUUACCUCAGUAUCGAGGCGAAUUCGAGGCAGUUCAUCCAAAAUUCCCCAAGGGUAGCGCCGCGGGGUGUGUAAAACUUGAUGGACCGCCCGACGCCGACAAUGUCGAGGAUAUCGUAUACACACCUGAAGACAACAAAGCGAUUGAGACAUAUCUUCGACAAUUCAUCGAAACAACCUGGCAUUCAGUUGGCACUGUCCUGAUGAAACCAAAGGAGCAAGGCGGCUGCAUUGAUGCACGGCUUAACGUUUAUGGAACUCAGAAUCUGAAAGUCGCAGAUCUUUCUAUCACACCUGGAAAUGUCGGAUCCAACACCAAUUCGACUGCCCUCGUGAUAGGCGAGAAGGCAGCGGUUAUUAUUGCGGAAGAUUUGGGGCUCAAAAUUGAGUGA